CUCUUUGGUCUUUGCCAUGGUGGAGAGUUUGGAAUCUGAUUGAUUGAUUCUGUGGACAGGUGUCUUUUAUACAGGUAACAAGAUGAGAUUAGGAGCACUCCUUUAAGAGUGUGCUCCUAAUCUCAGCUUGUUACCUGUAUAAAAGACACCUGGGAGCCAGAAAUCUUUCUAAUUGAGAGGGGGUCAAAUACUUAUUUCCUUCAUUAAAAUGCAAAUCAAUUUAUAAAAUUUUUGACAUGUGUUUUUCUGGAUUUUUUUGUUUUUAUUCUGUCUCUCACUGUUCAAAUAAACCUACCAUUGAAAUUAUAGACUGAUAAUUUCUUUGUCAGUGGGCAAACGUACAAAAUCAGCAGGGGAUCAAAUACUUUCCCCCCCUCACUGUCGUCUCCUGCACGAUCAAAAACUCAGCCUGUCAGUUUUAGUUUUUUGAAAAAUAACUAGGCUAUUACCUUUCUUGAACACUAACACAGACGGCAUAUAUGAUAUGACAGCAGCCAGGCAGCCAACCAUAGCCACAUACUGGGAGAGGAAUGAUUCUCACCUGAUGUGAGUUGCAUGUUCUGACUGAGAAUAGGCAUGGGAAUCCAUCGCUUUGAACACAGUGUGUCCGGAGUAAAAAAUGUAGUCCAUUAUGGCUGGAAUGCAACGAAAGCAUCAAUAUCAAACACAUGAUACUGUUCUAUUCAUUCCAUUCCAGCUAUUACAAUGAGCCUGUCCUCCAAUUUAAAGCGACACCAGCCUCCACUGAUACGAAGCCAGCAUUGGAGAGCAGUGAGUCUCAGAAUAGGCUUAACUGUGAUGUCUCCAAGGAGAAAACUCUUAAGUUAACACAUGGUACUUUGAUAAGGACCGAAGUGUACAGCAGUAAUGUACUGUAUCUGAACUGAAGCACUGUGGUUGAAUGGAUAGCUAGCAUGUCUGACUUUGAACCUUUUUAGUGUGGCUUUCAAUAGAUCUAGUAAUAUUGGAUACACAGUAUUUCCCUGACUCAAUGCGGGUGUUAAAUGCGAGCUACACAGCAAAUGGGCCAGUGUUACCGAGUGUUGAUUUUUCAGUGUAACAUUUCUAGUGUUGAUUCCGGUGUUAAAUUAAAACUAUUUGGUGUAAUUGAACCCCAGUGUUUGUGUUAAUAACCAGUAUUAAACUAAAACGACGUCCAUUAUUAUCAUAUUUCUGAUAUCUUUGUCUUCCCAACCCGGCAGUCAUUCUCAAUGCAGGUUGCAAGUCAAUAAGAAUUUAAAAUGUUGCAUAUACCCAGUCUGUCUGGAUUCCAAUAGGAAUUACUCAUCACUUUGCAAGCCAUCAUCUUAAUGUGACUUGCAGGCCUGAAAACCAGUUUCAGGCCACUGUAUUGGGCUAAAACAAGGCCCUCAAAAUAAAGCCUUAUUAAAAACUUGUUGUAUUGUGUUAAAUAAUACAAUUUUAAUCUUCACAUUUUCGCUUUGGAUCUCACUAAAUGGAUGAAUGCAACAACCAUGUCUCUGUCACAAACAAUUACAGUUAUAGGCAAGGCACUCUGGGAAAUAUGGAAAUAAGGCUGUACACUAAGCAGUGUGCUAAUUUAACACUGAAAAGUGUGGACCCGCAUAGACACUGGACCAGUGGCCUCACAUUAAUUAGUGGAUUUGAGGGUUAUACUAUCAUUCAAAUGAAAGCCAACCUCAAUGUGAGGUGGUGAUUCACUGAAAUUGUCCAGUCCAAAUAGUGCUGUUUACUUUUCCUUAUUGGCCAAUGGCCAUCUACCGAAAUAAACGUUAUCAAUAAAGUUGAUAAAUGGCUGUGAAAAGUUGCCAUCUAUCGACAUAUAUGUAGUAUACCCAUAUUCAUUGAGGUUUGUCUGUUAGAAAAGCACAGACAGUACAUGUCUCUGCGGUUGUUGUCCCACUUCCAUUGAUUUCAAUACAAUAUCGAUGUGAGCGAUUAAUUUGCGCUUGAUAUUGAGUACAGUAAAACAAGCUAAUCAAUUCCAGUCUUGAGAACAAGAUUGGUAAAUGUUGGUCAGUGUGCAGUUCAUAAGGUACUUAUUUAGCAGUCAUCUGAACACAAGUGUGACACAUAUGUAGGGAGUAACUUUUAUGUAUUGGUCUUCAAAAUAUCACAAUGUAUUUCAACAUAUUGAUUAUGAAUUUGGACAUCAAAAACCAAUUUGGCCAUGAGUCAAAAAGCCAUGACAACAGGAAGCAGCAACAGUAUAAUUUUAAAUGUUUAACAUUAUUUUUCAGGAUUAUACAUUGUCAGGUAAAAGCAAUAAAAAAUGAGCCCAAAAACAUGCUAUGAUUUAUUGAUUUUGAUGAUAUUAGUGGAAUUGUGAUCAUAUAUUAAAUACAUAUACUGUACAUCAUGUGUGUACAUACAUUGGCUUGCAAAAAUAUGGCCUUUUCCUAUUUUGUUGCCUUACAAGCUGUAAUUAAAAUAGAUUUUGGGGGGUUUGUAUCAUUUCAUUUCACACAACAUGCCGACCACUUUGAAGAUGCAAAAUAUUUUUUAUUGUGAAACAAAGAAGAAAUAAGACAGAAAAAUGAAUAUUUGAGCAUGCAUAACUAUUCACCCACCUCAAAGUCAAUACUUUGUAGAGACACCUUUUCCAGCAAUUACUGAUGCAAGUCUCUUGGGGUAUGUCUCCUUAAGCUUGGCACAUCAAGCAACUGGGAUUUUUGCCCAUUCUACAAUGCAAAACUGCUCCAGCUCCGUCAAGUUAGAUGGGUUCCGCUGGUUUACAGCAAUCUUUAAGUCACUUCACAGAUUCUCAAUUGGAUUGAGGUCAGGGCUUUGACUAGGCCAUUCCAAGACAUUAAAAUGUUUCCCCUUAAACCACUUGAGUGUUGCUUCAGCAGUAUGUUUAGGGUCAUUGUCCUGCUGGUAGGUGAACCUCCGUCCCAGUCUCAAAUCUCUGGAAGACUGAAACAAGUAUCCCUCAAGAAUGUCCCUGUAUUUAGCGCCAUCCAUUAUUCCUUUAAUUCUAACCAGUUUCCCAGUCCCUGCCGAUGAAAAACAUCCCCACAGCAUGAUGCUACCACCACCAUGCUUCACUGUGGGGAUGAUGUUCUCGGGAUGAUGAGAGGUGUUGGGUUUGCACCAGACAUAGUGUUUUCCUUGAUGGUCAAAAAGCUAAAUUUUAGUCUCAUCUGACCAGAGUACCUUCUUCUAUAUGUUUGGGGAGUCUCCCACAUGCCUUUUGGCGAACACCAAACGUGUUUACUUGUUUUUUUCUUUAAGCAAUGGCUUUUUUUCUGGACACUCUUCGGUAAAGCCCAGCUCCGUGGAGUGUAUGCCUUAAAGGUGUCUAAUGGACAGAUACUCCAAUCUCCACUGUGGAGCUUUGCAGCUCAUUCAGAGUUAUCUUUGGUCUCUUUGUUGCCUGUCUGAUUAAUGCCCUCCUUGCCUGGUCUAUGAGUUUUGGAGGGUGGCCCUCUCUUGACAGGUUUGUUAUGGUGCCAUAUUCUUUCAAUUUUUUUAAUAAUUGAUUUAAUGGUGCUCAGUGGGAUCUUCAAAGUUUCUGAUAUUUUUGAAUAACCAAACCCUGAUCUGUACUUCUCCACAACUUUGUCCCUGACCUGUUUGGAGAGCUCCUUGGUCUUCAUGGUGCCGCUUGGUUGGUGGUGCCCCUUGCUUAGUGGUGUUGCAGACUCUGGGGCCAUUCAGAACAGGUGUAUAUAUACUAUUUUGUGUAUGUCCAUUACAUGAAAUCCAAAUAAAAAUCUAUUUAAAUUACAGGUUGUAAUGCAUCAAAAUAGCCAAGGAGGAUGAAUACUUUUGCAAGGCACUGUACAUAUACAGUACAUUUAACACACAGAUACUUGCGCUCGCACACAUGCACACACUGUACUCCGUCAUGCUUGACAGCUUAAGUGUGAGUCAUGGAAGCUCAUUGAAAGGCACUCUCACAGGUCCCAGUGGUCCAGCCAGCCAGGCAGCGCAAGUGGUGUCAGGUGACCAUGGAGCGCAUAUAAAGUUACGUCAUAUGCUGGUGUGGAAAUGAAUGGUAGCCCGGGCCAUAUGUAUCAAGCGUCUCAAAGUGUUUUAUCAUUUAGAUCAUACUUAAUCAGAUCAUUGUGGACAGGGAGGACCUGAUCCUAGAUCAGCACUCCUACUCUGAGACUAGAUAAAUACGGGCCCAGAUCUGUCUCUGCUAUCUAGCCAGUCCUAUGAUCGUAACUCACAAACAUAGGAGUUGGCUGUACAGCACAAAUUGAUCUGGGACCAGGCAAUAGCAAUGCCUCUAAGUACCAGGAUGUCAAUAUUGAUUAAAUAUAAUAAUCAAUAAUCAGUAUAAAACGUGUACACAAAGGUACAAAUGUCUUUGGCAGAACAAGCUGUGAUUUUUGUAGAGAAUCUGUGACUGUCUGGAAAUUUCUAAGUAAUCUUUUAAACAAUAUCGGUGGUGUCUAUGGCUAACAACAUUUAUGAUCAAAAUAGGCCCAUGUUCAGUAGAAAACUGAAGAAAUUGUCUUGAAAUGGAGGAGGCACUACCAGAACUUGUCCAAUGAAAACACAAAUUUCCGUUUCAAAAUGUUUUCUGUUUUCAGGGAAUAACUGAAAUAUGUUUUAAAAUGUAUUUUCACUGUUUGAUUCAAAACGUGCAUAGAAUGUGGAAGUUAAAACAACUGCUAUCUCUUUCACUGUGUCUAUCUAUCUGCAUUUUCUAUGUUUUACAUCCUUAUGAACUACAGUUAUGGCGUGUGUAUUAACCUAGAGCCCAUUUCGCUGCCUCCAUGUUUGUUUAUUUUUUGUAGUUUUUGAAUGUCUUGAUCAAGAGUCACGGAGAUGGAGGUUUUAACAGAAAAAGAAGAUGUUGAUUGUUCAAGAACAUGUAAUCAUUUUUAACAUGUUACAAAAUCCAUUACAAACUCAAUUAAAUGUACCAUCCAGGAACAACAACCAUUUCACAAACAAACACUAAUAAAACAGCUAUUUCUUGCCUUAGAAAACAGUACAUUUCGGAAAAAGGGCUUUAAAAACGAUAGCUUGCUGUAUUUAUCGUUACUUUUAAAAAAACUAUUGUUGUAUAUAUUGUAUUUAUUUUAAGGUAUGUUCAUUUUCAAAACAUUCAAGAGCCAACGGAAAACAUACACACAUUGAUACACCAUUUAAUUAUGUUGAUUAUCCCAAUUAUUAUUAUAAUAUUAACAAUAUUACACAUUAAUACAAAAAUACAAAACAUUUAUGGUACUUGACCCAAGUUAUUACAAGUUUAUGAAAUAUUGAUGCAUUAAAAGAAUGGCAGGAAUGCAACUACACAGACACACACACACACAGUGGUGGAAAAAGUACCCAAUUGUCAUAGUUGAAUAAAAGUAAAGAUACCUUAAUCGAAAAUAAAAGUGAAAGUCACCCAAUAAAAUACUACUUGACUAAAAGUCUAAAAGUAUUUGGUUUUUAAAUAUAAAUACAAAAGUAAAUGUAAUUGCUAAAAUAUACAGUACCAGUCAAAAGUUUGCACACACCUACUCAUUCAAGGGUUUAUCUUUGUUUUUACUAUUUUGUACAUUGUAGAAUAAUAGUGAAGACAUCAACUAUGAAAUAACACAUAUGGAAUCAUGUAGUAACCAAAAAAGUGUUAAACAAAGCAAAAAAUAUUUUAUAUUUGAGGUUCUUCAAAGUAGCCACCCUUUGCCUUGAUGACAGCUUUGCACACUCUUGGCAUUCUCUCAACCAGCUUCACCUGGUAAAAGUGUCACACCCUGCUCUGUUUCACCUGUCUUUGGGCUUGGCUCCACCCCCCUCCAGGUGUCGCACAUCUUCCCCUAUUAUCCCCUGUGCAUUUAUACCUAUGUUCUCUGUUUGUCUGUUGCCAGUUUGUCUCGUCAAGCCUACCAGCGUGUUUUUCAGAACAGUUUCUUUGAGCCUGUUUUCUAGUUUUCCUGGUUUUUGAUCAUUUUGCCUGCCCUGAGCCUGCCUGCAGUUCUGUACCUUUUGCCUCUGCCCUGGAUUACUGACCUCUGCCUGCCCCGACCCUGAGCCUGCCGCUCUGCUCUGUACCUUAUGAACUCUGCCCUGGACUACCAACCCCUACCAACCACAUUUCCUUUUUUUUUAAUGGAUAUCCAGGGGUACACUCCAACACUCAAACAUAAUUUACAAACUAAGAAUUUGUGUUUAGCGAGUCCCCCAGAUUAGAGGCAGUAGAGAUGACCAGGGAUGUUCUCUUGAUAAGUGUGUGAAUAGGACCAUUUUCCUGUCCAGUUAAACAUUCAAAAUGUAAUGAUUACUUUUGGGUGUCAGGGAAAAUGUAUGGAAUGUAAGUGAAGUAAAAGUAUAGAAAGGUUUGUAAAAAAGUUGUACUUUAAAAUAUUUUUACUUAAGUACUUUACACCACUGCACACACACACAAACACACACACACACAAUGCACAUUACAAGCAGUGCACAAAUUUAUAUACUGACAAUAUUGUAAGAAAGUUUCAUUUUGUUGCUCAAAACAUGUUUACAAAUAGAAGUGAUGGGAUUACUACUUUCAAGUAGCUUUGGAGGCAGCUCUGCCUGCCAGACUGAUGUUUAACCAACUCUGGAUUGAGUAGGUUAAACAUCAUCCUUGGAGGCUGAACUGCCUCACAGGCUAGUCUGAAGGCAUAUUUCUCGCUUGUGCAGAUUGCUAUAGUACUGUGAUAAUAAUACUUUUCUGUUGACCUCUCCACUAUUGACUUGAUGGGACUAUUGACUUAAUUCUGUUUGAGAAUGAAUGGUACUGUACACUACUGAAAUAAAGGGUUCUUGUCUCAUGUCGAGUUGAAGCAUACUCACCUGGAAUCAUGGAAUCUUCUUUUCUCUUUUUUCAAUUUUUUUUUCUCACUGCCAUUCAAAAAAACAUUAAAUGGGCAUCAUUCUUGAAAGUGGAAUAAGGUCUUGAAACAUUGAAAUGUAAACUUAAAUACAUUGUCCCUCCACCAUUGAGUAUUAUUGAUUGAAUUGAUAUCAUUAUGAUUUAAUACAUUUGUAUGGGUAAACCAAGAAAAUAUUUCCUAGGGUAAACAAAAGUACUUCUCUAAGCCUAAAAUGUAUUAAAAAAAAAAAACAUAACAUUUAAACUGGAUUGAUAGGAAUUGUAUUCUCAUUUAAAUUGGGACUAUUCUACCAUAUUUGAGAGCAUACAUUUUGCAGACAUCGAAGGUAAUAUUUCAGCAAAACAUAUUUAUUGUAUCACUAUCUUUUUUCUUACUUGAAGUUAUUUAUACUUGGUUUGAAACCUUGGUAUUUGUCUGUGUGCAUUCAUUCAUAGUUUGUUUUUUAAUUGUAUGAAAUAAAAGCAAAUAUUUCCUGACCAAAGCUUUUGUCUGUGAUCCUAGUGUGGCUUUGAGUGGCAUAUCUAUUUAAGAUUGAAAUAGAAAUUUCAAAUCUCUCUAGCCUUUGUUGCAAAUUUAUCACAUUAUUAAGUUUUACAAUGGGAUUAAUGGGAUUUUCAACUCACAAGAUCAAGUGUUAUUUCCUUCAUUGUCAAACAAGCUCACCGUUUUUAAUAAUACAUUAACUAUUUAGCUACGUUGACGUAGGGUGAAAAACUAUUUCAAAUGUAUUGGGGGAUUAUUUGGGUCUACCUGAAUGGUGAGAGAAAGGCUUGCUAUCUGGGCCUCUGUUAAUUAAUUCCACUUAUCAGCAGUUGAAUACUCCUGCCUAGUUUAAAAAUGCAGCUCUUUUUCUCUGUGGUCGACUAGUUGUACUGGAGUGCACUGCACUGCUAUGCUGCACAGUGAAAGCGUCAGUCGCAGGUUCACCGACUGAUGAUGGACACAGUGAAUUGGAUUUUACAUGUUUAUUAUUAUAGAGAUAUUUGUAAAAAUAGGCCAACUAUCGAUGCUGGUCAUACAGUAAGAAUAUUAACCCCCGAGUGGGUUUUGAAUAGUAUUAGCUUGCGUGAUUGUAUAGCAAGCUACCAACCGGAUACAUAAUCUAGCUAGCCAUGGUUCUAAUGAUGGAAUCGCAAUGCGAGUAUUUUAUGUAUUUCCCUGCGGUUCCCAUCACGGACCUGUCGGACCCGUCAAAAUACCGAACUCUCCCACGGCGUAGUCACCUCUACCUCGGCGAAACGGUACAGUUCUUGCUAGUCCUGCGGUCCAGAGAUGGAGCGUCGGGCUCGAGCGGGACAAAGGGAAGCGGGUCAGGUGACAGCGGUACCCAGGCUUGGAAGGAGCUGGUACGGUCCCUCUCCGCUGUAGCAAGUGUCUGCCCCGGAGAGAGCCGACAUCGCUCCCAACUUCACCCCCACGAGUUCCAGAGAAGCUACAGCGACGACUGUGUAGACGACGAUGCAGACGACGUUGACUUUGCAGCGGGAACAGUCCACACAGCCAGAAGGGAGUCAAGGAACCGAGGUUUCAGAGAAUGCAAGCCGCUUCUCAUACACAAUAAUACGGGGCGUGAUGGACGGCAGUAUCGGCGCGCACCGGUUCAGUCACCGAUGGACGAGCCAGUGGUAUUGAACGAGGAGGUCAUAUUCCCUCUGACCGUCUCAUUGGACAAACUCCCCGUCAACACACUCAAGGUCAAGAUCAUAGUGACCGUGUGGAAGCAGGAGGAGGAAAAGGCAGAGAUCAGGGAACAUGGUUACCUCACCAUCCUACAGCUGAGGAGCCCCACACACACCUUCAGACAAGACCUUAAUACCUUCAAAGCCCAGGUCAGCACCACGUUGAGUGUUCUUCCUCCACCAACUGUGAAAUGUCAACAGAUGACUGUCUCCGGGAAGCACCUGACCAUCCUCAAAGUAUUAAACUCCAGUUCUCAGGAGGAGGUCUGUGUGAGGGACUUGAGAAUCAUUCCUAACUUCAACGUGUCCUACCUCCCCAUGAUGCCUGAUGGCUCUGUGCUUCUGGUGGACAAUGUCUGCCACCAAUCGGCAGAGGUUGGAAUGGCGUCGUUCCACAGGAUGAACAGUAGCUCCUCUCACCUUCCCAGCAUGCUCUCUGCCCUGGAGGAGCAGAACUUCCUGUUUCAGCUGCAGCUCAGGGACCAGCCGGAGGAAGAGAGCAACGAGGGUCUGGAGGUUCCUUUGGUAGCUGUGCUGCAGUGGUCCACCCCUAAACUUCCCUUUACCAGGUACAUCUCCACCCACUACCAGCUGCCCAGCGUGAGAAUGGACCAACCCCGGCUGGUUAUGACAGCUUCCUGUCCCAGUGCUGUGCAGCCUCAGGAGCACUUCCGGGUAAAAUACACCCUACUAAACAACCUGCAAGACUUCCUGGCUGUAAGACUGGUCUGGACACCCGAAGGUCGUGGUCGUCAGGAGGACCCCUCUGUCAGUUCUGUGGUAUGUCAUUCCCCCCUUAACAACCUGGGCCAGUGUCGAAAAGGAUCCACCCUCUCCUUUACUGUCGGCUUCCAGAUACUCAAGGCAGGACUCUUCGAGUUAAGCCAGCACAUGAAGCUGAAGCUUCAGUUCACAGCGUCCUGUUCCAACCCCCCUGCUGAGGCCAGGCCCAUGUCUCUGUCCCUGUCCAGGAAGAACUCUCCCUCCAGCCCUGCUGUUAGAGACCUGCUGGACAGACAGAGUCUGGGAAGAUCACAGUCCUUCUCUCACCAACAACCAUCACGGUCGCAUCUUAUGAGGACGGGCAGUGUGAUGGAGCGCAGGGCCAUCACCCCUCCAGUGGGAUCCCCAGUGGGUCGACCCCUCUACCUCCCCCCCGAUCGGCCGGUCCUCUCACUGGACAAGAUCGCCAAGAGAGAGUGUAAGGUACUGGUGCUGGAACCUGGAAGAGACUGAGAGACAAGGCGAGAGACAGGGAGAGGUGGAGGAAGAGAGGGGAGUGCUGGUGCUUGAGCCAGGUAGAAACAAUGAGACUGUGAAGAUGUGAAGGAAGGGAGGAAGAAGGGAGACAUAGAUAGAAAAAGGGAGAGAGAGAGAGAGAGACAUCUCUCAUGCUGAACAUUUCCUACAUCCUACAAGGCACGCAUGAACAAUGAUUUACCACACAGACAGAUAGACUAUCUGACACACACUGAAUGAUUGACUGGACGUGAGCCACAUCAUUUGAAGACACUGGAGAAGUUACUUUCAACAACAUAAUUUCACAUUUUUAUCUCAACAACAUUUGAUGUUUUUAUAUCACUGUAAGGUCAACAUUCCAUUUCAUUCCUUGUUUUAUUCCUUGUGUAAUGCUGUAAUUUAAUGUGUAAAUAAUUGUUAAGGUUUUAAACAGGGUGAGCAUUUUGAGAAUUUUUGCACUGUAGAUUACUGUGUUUACCGUACAGGGUUAUGGUAAUAGCCAAUACCUUGUUAAUACAUAUUGUUAUACACUGGUAUACAUUUUACACAGUAUAUGUAAUGUAAUACUUGGAUGUUAGAAUCAUUUUUUUUGUGAAAAACUGGAUUAUGUUAGUGAGAAACUGGAUUUUAAGAGUGAAAAAAUGGAUUUUGAGAGUAAAAAAAUGGAUUUUGUUACUGAAAAAAAUUAUUUUAUUAGUGAAAGACUCAAUUUUGUUAGUUAACACACUGUUAGAUACACUUAUCUAACGUGAUCGAUGUCAAACUUGUGAUUAAAAAAAGUAGCAGGAGACCACAAGGUUGAGUUCUGUUGCAUUGUGGAAUAACUCUAGCCUGGUCUCAGAUCUGUUUGUGCUGUCUUCACAACUCCUAUGGUCAUUGUCACGAUAAGAAUUGGCAAGACAGCACAGACAGAUCUGGGACCAGGCUAGAUCUGUUUCACCCGUGGAUAGUGUCAUCGAGUUCACUCUUAUUAGAAUGUGUUGUAUUUUAGUGGCUUGGAGCCACACAGUCUCGGCACUGUAUUUAGUAGUUAAACAAGUAGUCUACUAGAGAUGUUUUUAGUUUAUGCUAAAUAUAUUUAUUGUCCGAUUUGUAUCAUUUAGAUUUUCUUUUAUCAGCAUUUACUUCUGCUUAAAAGUCUCAAAAGUGCUUAUACUCCUUAGUACACUCCAGAGUACACAUAUUGUACAUAGAAGGACACACUCCGUAACACAAACUUCAUAGUCCACACUCCAUGAUAGGGAACAAAUAAUUUCCCUUUCCCUUGUUAUACUGCUGUUCGCACUGUUCCCUAUAAAGUGCACUACUUAUGGACCCUGGUCAAAAGUAGUGGACUAGAUAGGGAAUAGGGUGCCAUUUGGGACACAGACUUACACUGUUGUUCACAGCUGUUAAAACUUUGAUUACACUGGUUGAUCCUGUUGAUUGUUGUUGUUAUGCCAUUCAUUCACACUUUACCUUAUUAUUAGGGAUUUAGUCCUGGGUAACAAUCCAGAAUAGUGGAUUUUUUUGAAAUCGUAACACCCGUUACUGUAGCUAUGUUUUCAACUGUUUACAUUUGAGUUGAGAACAUUGAACAAUGGUGUGUGUGUGUGCUUAGGUGUGUGUGCAUGUGUAUGUGCGUGCAUAAGUGUGUGUGUGUGUAUGUUUGUGCCGCAUUAAGCAUUUGUUGUAUGUUUUUUGUAUGUUUGUCUAAAAUAUUAUUUUAUUUCCUGGUUCAAUUGCCAAUGGAAAUGACCAAUGGGUCUUUAUCCCUGAUGUAAAUUACAAUGUGAGGUUGGGGACAUUUCAAACAAUCAAGAUUUUUUUUCACUGUGUGUCACUGUUUAUACCUGGUUCUAGCAUGCAUCCUUUGUCCUGAUCUUUUCCACAUUUUGAUUGUGCCCACAUUUUUAGACAGGUGUUGACAAUCAAAAGACACAUUGUGAUGUGAUUUUGAUCAGAUCAUUCUGCCCACCUCCGGAGGUAGUCAGGCACGCAUUGUGUCUUUGUAUCUUACAAGUGUAGACGGAUCUGGACAGAGAAACCAUUUUAGUACAUUAUUCCACCCAUUAAAAUCAUUGACAGGUGGCACCAUUGACUGAUUACAUCAAUAUGUGUCUUACAAUACAUAAAUAAAUCUUAUUUUGAAAGAGUAGUGAAAUAAUUAGCAUAAAGGAAGGGAUCAGGAAAUCUGGUCACAAUGCAGACACAUUGGAUGGAUAACGGACACGUUUUAAUACCAUGUGUAGACACAUUUUUGGAAAUGUGGGCACAUACAGAAUGUAGACAAGAUCAGGACAAAGGACCCAUGUUAACACCAGGUAUAAACCGGGCGUAUUAUGCCUUAUUUUCCCUGGACACAAAGUACUUGCUUGUGUAUUCUGUGUUUAAUUUAGACGUUUUUAUCUCUAUAUCUUUACGUGAAGGCAAGAAAUAGACGUACCCAAGACUGUGUGUGCAGAGGAUGUGUGUUAUUUAAUUUCUUAUGUUUCAUUUGGUUUAGAUGUUUUAUUUCCUUAAGCCUGGAAUUUAACUGAAAAACAAAACCAUUCCAACUCAAUUUUCAUUGUUCCCGAACGCUUGAACAAAAGUUUGGUCACAAACAUUUCCAUUCCUUUCCUCUUGUGAUUUUAAAACAAUGUAUUAUAUUACUACUUGGACCAAAGUAGCUCACAGUAUGAUUGUUUAUGUAUAUUAGUGACUUAUUUUUAACAGUCAUUGUUGUUAAGCACUUGAAUUGAUUUGACUUGUAUUGUUCUUGGUUCUUUGGACACACAAACAACAAAUGCAGUUGAUUGUGUCACAGAUGUACUGUGGCACGUUGUUUGUUAGCAGUCUCACUGGCCUUAGUUUAGGUCUUGCUUGUUUUUAGAUGCAUUGAAUGCAAACGUCUGUCAGGGAAAAGUGUUGGGGUAAAAAAAAAUGCUUUGGGUCACUCCUCGUUUGUGCACUCUUGAAGUGUGAAUAAAUACAGUUGGAGCGAU